GUCGUUUGACACUGUUCUUAACUGCUUAUUAGGAAAGAUGUGAAAUAUACACUUGAAAGUACGAUCUAACAAUGGUAUCAACUCAUAAGACGAAUCCGGUAACUACUGGGUAAAAAGAAUAAAAUUACAGAUAUAGAAAAAUUAAAGAAGUAAUGGGCUACUGUAAUUCAUAACAAAAUAAACUUAGAUAUCAAAAAUUAAAGAUUAAAUUAAAUUUGGAUAUCAAAAAUUAAAGAUGGAGCAUAAUAAUCGAAUGGAAAUACAGAGAUAUAUUUCACUAUGUGUAGGUAUACUGGGACUUGUGUUUUGUGGAAUUAUAAAUGGAUUCAAUAUAUACGCCGUUGCUCUUAAACAGACUUUUAAUUACACACAAACAGAACUGGAGUACAUAACCGUCAGUGGAAUAGCAGGAUUGGAACUAACUUCAUACUUUAGCGGAGUAGUCAUAGACAAAUAUGGACCAAGAUCAGCAUGCGUUAUAGCUGCUAUACUCAGCUCUCCUUCUUUCGCAUUAGAGUGGAUGUCAACUAAAUUCAUUUCGUUCUUUGCAUCGCGGAGCUGGUUAAUGUGUUUGAUAUACUUCGUAGCUUCUACUGGCUGUUGUUUUACCUAUAUGACGAGCAUGUCAACAAUUUCAAUCAACUUUGGAGGAAAGCAUCGAGGUAAAUUUGUCGGUUUUGCAAGUGCUAUGUUUGGUGGCAGUCCGCUAAUAUUUGCUCUUAUCUAUCAGGGAUUCUUUGUCCAAGGCCACGUGACCGACGAACAAAAUCAAAACCUUGGUGGCUUUUUUAUUAUGUUAUCCAUAUGGGCGGGGUGCGAAAAUGUUCUUGGCGCAGGAUUUCUUAAAAAGGUACCCCCAGUGGGGACACCCAUACCUCUUGAGAACGAGGGAGAGCAAUCGAAAGUAAACGCUGCAGAUGGGACUAAUGUGACGAUGAAUGAAACCGCUAUUGAGAAAGAAAAGAGUGUCAAAGCUAUUGAUGAUAAUAUAACAAACGCUAAAGUUAACAAGCUAAAUGAUAAGACUCCUUUAUAUCAAAAGUAUUCCAAAAGCAGUAGACCAACAACGUGUUAUGAUGAAUUGACACACAUGACGUGUUUUCAGAUGGUGAAAACAUUUAAAUUUCAUUUCUUGCUCUGGGUUGUGAUUAUCAUUAAAGGCAUAGGAUUGACAUUGUCUGCUAAUAUCACAACUAUUGCAAAAUCAGCACAUCUUGAGGCAACGUCAUCUACUCUAAUAUUAAUCGUUCCAAUUGCAAAUACACUAGCUAGGUUACUUGGAGGGAUAAUCCCAGAUUUUCUUAAACAGAGAUUACCAUUUAUUAGCAUUUCAUCAGUGCUGGUGUUUGCAUCUUUUCUGAUGAUGGUGGCCCAAAUUAUACUUAUAUUUUUCAAUCAAAGCUUCGUAGCAUUGGUGUGUUUUUCUAUAAUGUCUAGCGUAUCGACUGGAUUUAUAUCUGUAAUGACACCGAUAACCAUAUCAGAGUUUUUUGGAAUGAACGAAUUUUCACAGAAAUUCGGAUUGGUUUUAACACUGGUUGGGUUAGCUGCAUUUCCAUUUGCAAAGAUCUUUGGCUGGAUUUACGAAAAUAAUAGCCCCCAAGAUUCUAAAAAUUGUUUUGGUGAGCACUGUUCAAGAAUGACAUUCAUCAUAAUGGCCAUUUUUGCUUUACUAUCGACUCUUUUUAGCUCAGCUCUGUUAAAGGCACGCUGGAAAUGUUAUAAAAAUCCAAAACUUAAUUAAAUGAAGUAGAGGGAAUAGAGACGAGUAAAAAUCAACAGUCAAGGGAAUAAUUCGAAAUAAACUCUGACAGAAGUAGAAAUAGCAAGUCCUUUAUAUCUAUUAUAAGCAGGUUGAGACUGAUAUAGUAAUAUUGUCUGAUACCUAAACCUAUGAUAACAGAUUAAACUGUAUUAAAACAACUUAUAUGUGUGUAUCAUAUGUUUCUUAUACUGUAUUAAUCUGGGCAUUUUAGGCAUUUUACAUAGUGUAAUAUAGAAAGUCCUUUAUAUCUAUCAUAAGCAGGUGGAGACUGAUAUAGUAAUAUUGUCUGAUACCUAAACCUAUGAUUACAGAUUAAACUGUAUUAAAACAACUUAUAUGUGUGUAUCAUAUGUUUCUUAUACUGUAUUAAUCUGGGCAUUUUAGGCAUUUUACAUAGUGUAAUAUAGAAAGUCCUUUAUAUCUAUCAUAAGCAGGUGGAGACUGAUAUAGUAAUAUUGUCUGAUACCUAAACC